GUGCCAUCACUGCCAUGGUCCAUCCUAUCCAUUCUAACAAAAGACACCAAUGGUCAUUCAUUCCUCUGUUCAAAGUCAUGCUUGACUUUUUCAAAGUCGUGCCUGUCUUUCUUCCUAGAAGGAGAGGAGGCAGGAGCUCAUACCUUCAUCAAAUUUUCAUCUAUCGCAUACAUGAAAGCAUUGAGAAAAACCUUUUUUCAAGAGCAUUAAACCCUCCCCUCAAAAUCAAGCAUAUAAUCAUGGCUUCUUACGGAACCAUGCACAGGCCAACAGCCAGCUCCUCAUCAGCCUCAAAGGCUAAUCAACCUGAAGAGUCAAAGGACUCAACAAGAAAGAAGCGAAACGACUUCAAGCUCCUCUGCCCCUUCAACAUCCCCUUAAGCCCGGAAGCUGCCGCCGUCCGAAUCAUCAGAAACUUGGGGUAUUUCGGAUUAUACUACACAACUUUUGUAUGGAUUAUACUCUUUAUAAGCCUUGUGCCAAAACGCAAGGUUUCCUUAAUGAUCUUGGUGGCUAUGACUGUUGUUACAUGCUUUUACCUGAUACUGCUACGUGUACUUCCCAAUUCUGUUGUGCUGCAUAAAGUUAUUGACAAACGGCUGGUGCUGGCUUCGCUUGCUGUCGUGAUGGCGGUGGAGCUGAUCGUGACACGGGCAGCCAUCCAUCUUUGUGUUACUUUAGCCUGUGGAAUACCAAUCAUUUUGGUUCAUGCAGUUUUGCGGGUUAGAGAUGAUCUUUUUGUUGGGGAGGAGGCUUGUGCUGCUGGGGAAUUGGUUCCUCUUGUGCACAAUAUGGAAACUACUAGUCAUGAUGUUGAGUCUCUGGCUUCUGUGUGAUUGAUAAAUUCUUAUUUGUUGACAUGUUGUUUGAGUUUUCUUAAUUUCCAGCUUCUAAUUUGUGAUAGAAGUACUUUUAAUUCCAGAAA